AUGUGUCAAUCUUGUCAAAUGAAUACAGAAAGAUAUCAAUAUCAAUACUGAAAUGAAAACUGAAAAUACUGAUAUGAAGUAUCUCAUAAAGUCAUAAAGUAAACUUUUUAUAACUUUUUGAUUUAUUUUUAGCGUUUCCAAUUAUUGAGUUAUAUUACUCUCUAGUUCUUUUGUCGAUGAGAGCCCCAAUUACUAUCUAGGUAAAUAAUUACAAACCAUGGAGUUGUCUCACAGUUUGACGUUGAAUGAAGAAGCUUUAUCUCAAAUAAGUGAGGCAAAGAGGCCAGUAUUCAUAUUUGAAUGGCUCAGAUUUUUAGAUAAAGUACUCAUAGCUGCCCAAAAAAAUGACAUCAAAGGUUGCCAAAAACAGUUGGUUCAGCAAUUAAUGAAUCAUAUCCAAGAAUCUCCAGGCCCUCCAACUCGAAAACUCAUAUCUAGAUGCCUCGCAACAUUAUUUUCAGUUGGUGACACUUUCCUGCUUUUUGAUACAGUGAAUAAAUGUAAUGAUAUCUUGAAAAAUAAGGAUGAUUCACCAAGCUUCCUACCAACAAGACUUGCUGCAAUAUGCUGUGUUGGUACCAUGUAUGAGAAGUUGGGAAGGAUGAUGGGAAGAUCAUAUGAGGAAACGGUUCACAUCCUAAUACGUUCCCUGAGAAAUGCAGAAUCUCAAACGAGAAUUGAAAUCAUGCUAACACUAGAAAAAGUAUGUGCAGGAAUGGGUAACGCUAUUUCGAAUGUUCACAAAGACAUAUACAAAGCUGCAAGGCAUUGCCUGAUUGAUAGAGUUAUGGCUGUGAGAUGUGCCGCAACAAGAUGUCUUCUAGAAAUGCUCAAUCAUGCACCAUUUUUGUACACAACAGAAUUGGAGAGCUUGGCUACCCUUUGCUUCCGAGCUUUCGAUGGUUCAAAUUACGUAGUUCGCUGCACUGUUGCUAAACUGUUAGGAACACUGAUCGCAAUGACGCAGCAACAAAAUCAGGGUAAUAGUAAAAUCGUUCAGCAACAACAACAACACAAAGGCCCAAAAUUGGUAUCCCUUGAUGAGGCAUUAGGGGUGUUUAUGUCCGGAUUUUUGAGAGGCGGUGUUGGAUUUUUGAAAGGAACUGGCGAAAUAAUAAAGGGUAGUUCAGGAGUAAACCGUGAAGUCAGAGUUGGGGUAACACAUGGAUACGUUAUAUUUGUCCAAAUAUUGGGCAGUAAAUGGUUGGAGAAAAACAUGAAAACUUUCCUCAGUCAUAUUCUGUACUUGGCUGCAAAUCCAAAGGCGGCAUCUUCCCAUGUAGACGCUGUAUAUUCAAGGAAAUGUAUCAAUUUCAUAUUGAGAAGCGUACUCGGAAAAAUGUUAGGAGAGAAAGCUCAAACUUCAGCAUGCAAAGAAAUUGCACAGAUAGUAGUGAAAGAAAUGAAUUCCAUUGACUUUAAUCCAGAAAAUGCCAAGGACGCCAAUCAAGAAACACUUUUCAGCCAACAUUUGCUCGUUUGCGCACUUCAAGAAAUCGGGUCGCUGGUUUUGAGUUUAGGAACAACAGCUCAUGACUUGAUUACAGACCAGUCUCUAAAUCUGAUAGAUGUAACAAUGAGCGUGUUGAUUCAUCCCUGCCAAGCGGCUAGACUAGCGGCAGCUUGGUGCUUACGUUGCAUAUGUAUAGCAGUGCCUAGUCAAAUUUCUCCUCUUAUCGAUCGAUGUGUGAAUGGAAUAGAACAGUUCAGAACCUCUCCAGAAGCCAUAUCUGGUUACAGUUCUGCACUGGCUGCUGUUCUAGGAGGCGUGAAGUUAUCCCCUCUCGGUGUUCCUCACAUGAAGGGAAAAAUAAUAUUUAACACUGCCGAAGAACUUCUGAGGAGUGCCAGUCAGAACAGCAGAUUGUCUUUGAACAGGACACAUGCUGGGUGGUUGCUUAUAGGAGCUAUAAUGACUCUGGGUAUUCCAGUGGUGAAGGGUUUAUUACCCAGAAUGUUGUUACUCUGGAGGAAUUCCUUUCCUAGAUCGGCGAAGGAGUUGGAGUCUGAAAAAGCACGUGGUGAUGUGUUCACAUGGCAAGUUACUCUCGAAGGAAGAGCUGGAGCUCUAUCAGCCAUGCAUAGCUUUCUGCAAAAUUGUUCGGAACUUGUGAAUGAAGAUACCACUAGAAGAUUGCUCACUCCAAUUGAAUCGGCCCUGGCCAUGCUAACUAAUAUAUCUGGGAUCCUCAAAACUUAUGGUCAACACCUGAAGGCUCCUGCAGCGAUGGUACGUCUAAGACUAUGUGAAACGCUUUUGCUUCUCCAUCCACAGUGUUAUGAAAAUUCCUACACCCAUUUGCUAAGAAUGUUGGUCGCUGAAUUCACUUUGACAGAGAAUCCAGCAAAUACUACCACUUCUCAACUUCGCACUGUAUGCCAUGCUGAUGAUUCUGUUAUUUUAGGAACUUGGCUUCAAGAAACUGAUCAAAGAACUAUUGAAGAUCAGCUUCAACCUAAUAGUGCUGCAGGUUCUGGAGCUUUGGAACACGACCCAUGUUGUCUUUAUCGACAAGUCAAUCAGCAUGAAACAAUACCAGGUCCUCUUCCAUUAGGAGUAACGGUCAUCGAUAUCUCCGUACUUCUGUUUGGCCAGAUCUUCCCUAGAGUUACGAACAAGCACCGUGUACAAAUGCUCGACCACUUUGCUGAAUGUAUAAAACAUGUACGUAGUACCAGGCAAGAGGCGGUUCAAAUUAACGUAUUCACUGCUCUGCUGAGCGGUUUGAAAGGACUGACUGAGACAAAAGUGAACUUGAAUCAAGAAGAUGUGAAGAAAUCAGCCGUUAGCCUAAUUAUAGCAGCGCUUACUUCUCCCAAUCCAAUCCUGCGGUAUGCUGCAGGAGAGGCCGUGGGCCGAAUAGCCCAGGUUGUUUCUGAUCCGAAAUUCACUGCUGAACUGGCACAGACAAGCUUCGACAGACUGAAAUCAGCCAGGGAUGUGGCAAGCAGAACUGGCCACUCAUUGGCUCUGGGCUGUUUACACAAGUAUGUAGGUGGGAUGGGAUCCAGUCAGCAUUUGAAUACAAGCGUGUCCAUAUUGUUAGCUCUUGCGCAAGAUCAGACUUCACCGAUCGUUCAAGUUUGGUCAUUGCAUGCCCUAUCGUUGAUAGUAGAUUCCGGCGGUCCUAUGUUUAGAGGUUACGUGGAACCCAGCCUGUCACUAGCUCUCAAGCUCCUUUUGAAUGUUCCACAGUCGUACAUGGAUGUUCACCAGUGUAUUGGAAAAGUUUUAUCAGCUCUUAUCACGACUAUAGGGCCGGAACUGCAGGGAAAUACCUCUACUAUAUGUACUGCCAGGUCUUCAUUUUUGUGUGCUUGUGCUAUCAUGCAAGACCAUCACGAUCCGUUAGUUCAAGCUGAGGCAACUGGGUGUUUGCAGCAACUUCAUCUGUUCGCACCGAAGCACGUCAAUCUGUCUUCACUUGUACCAACACUUUGUAGAACAUUGUCCAGUAAUCAUCUUCUGCUUAGGAAAGCAGCCAUAUCUUGUUUACGACAGUUAGUACAAAGAGAGGCUAAAGAAGUUUGUGAGCAUGCAAUGAACUUGGCAAGCGAAAGUCGCGAGCACAACAAUGUAGAAGGUUUAACAAUAACAGAAACCGGAUUGCCAGGUGUCUUCUUCAGUAUGCUGGACACUGAAACUGAUACGGGCCUGAUAAAAGAUAUUCACGAUACUAUUAUCAGCAUGCUGCAAGUGCUUGCUGCUGAUAACUUGUCGCAGUGGUUGGGAUUGUGCAAAGACGUUCUAACGGUCGCUACAGAAACAAGUGCUGAAGAUCGUUCGGGAGGAGCAGGCCAUGAAGGUGAAGAAGUUAAUGGUGAAACAGAUGACGAUCAAGCUGAGUUUCAUGCAGAAGAAGACUCUUCCCACCCUGCUGUUCAACCAAGAUGGCCUACAAGGGUGUUUGCAGCAGAAUGUGUUAGAAAAAUUAUAUCAGCUUGUGAAACUAAUAAUAAAGUGGCUCACUUUGAUUUGAUUCGAGCAAAGGAACUGCAGAUGACGAAGGGAAAAAGCGACUUUUUGACUCUGCAUUUGUCUGACCUGAUCAGAAUGGCAUUCAUAGCAGCGACAAGUGAUUCGGAUCCGUUGAGAUUGGAAGGGUUGAAAACCCUUCAAGAUAUAAUUGAAAAAUUUGCCAAAGUUCCUGAACCAGAGUUUCCGGGACACCUGCUUCUUGAACAGUUUCAGGCUCAAGUUGGGGCUGCCUUGAGGCCAGCUUUUUCACCAGACACUUCUUCGUUGGUUACAGCUGCUGCUUGUGAAGUUUGUUCCACUUGGAUUGGGUCUAAUGUGGCCAGAGAUCUCAAUGACUUGAGACGGGUACAUCAAUUGCUUGUGUCUUCUUUGACUAAACUCAGAAAUAAAAAUAACAUCAGCCAACUGUACAAUGAAAGCUUAGUGACAUUGGAGAAACUGUCGAUUUUGAAGGCUUGGGCGGAAGUAUAUAUUGUUGCUAUGAAAGGAAAUGAUACUUCUCAGAGCGUAGAUUUGACGACUACUGCCAGUGACAUUGAUAACAAUGAAUUUACGGAGUUUGAAUGCCGAGGAGAGAGUUUGUUGACUCUAGUACAGCCGGAAUUGGUGUCUUUGUCUCAGUAUUGGCAAUUGGCAUUGAAAGAUCACGCCUUGCUGUCAUUACCUGGGGAAUUCUCCAGUCAAUUACCACAUGACGGAGGAGCAUUCUACACAAAUGAAACAAUUGACUCCUCAAGACCCCAUUAUGCUUCGUCUUGGCCUCCAAUUCUUUAUGCUGCCGCCCUUUGGUUGAAGUCAGGAAGUUUCGAAAGGAACACUGAUAAUGACAACAAUGAAAUCAUCAACAAUAAUAGGACUAAUGACAAUCCUUCUGACAGGUUCCAUCUUCUCUUUGGUAUUUGUAUGGAAGCACUUUGUAGUCCACGUUCUACCGAACCGUUAGAGAGUGUUAUCACGUGCCUCAACGCUUUAUACACAUUGCUUGACACGUCAUAUACACGGGGAGUUCUGAUGUCUGAUAGUUCACUAGGAAUUGAAAUGUGCAACGUUCUCCAUCGGCUCAUACUGACUAGGGAUAACCACACUUGUCAGCUGUUAUGUCUGGAGGUAUUGAAACAAAUGGUAAAAGCUGCCCAGGAGCAUCUUGACAAACAGAAGGAAAAUAAAUUGAACGAAGGCGAAAGUGCAACUUUGGUCGAUACGUUGGGUGAAGGUGGAGAAAUUGGCGAACUAAUUCCUGGGAAGUCUCUCGUCAUUUCCAUUUUGGAAGUGUGCCUUUGCCUUAUAAUACGUCAAUUGCCAACAUUGAGUCCCUUGCCAAAUACGACGAUUGUCAAUUCCUUGCGAGUAAUGCAAUCUAGCCAGCAAUCAAGUCAGUUACUAGCAGCUUCCAUAACCUGCAUGGAAGCCCUGCACAGGUUGUGUUCUCCAAAAGGUGCAGUUUCAAUCUUGCCAACUAUUUUAUAUUUAACUACAGGAGUGAUCAGAGAAGUGACCACAAAAAAUAUCAACGAUGUCAAUGUUUUGGCGAAUAAUCCGUCAGUGCAGGCAGCUUUACACUGCUUGAAAGUUCUUGCUACGGAUCGAUACUGUAGACAUCCAGAUAGCUGUGAUAAUUGGCAAAAGUUAUUACAGAGUUCUCUUGCCAAAAUAAUCGAUCUUGCCAAAACUCGAAAUGACGAAAGCAAAUUAGACGAGGUCACUAUGAUGCUGGCCAUUGCCGUUUUUGUUUUGAACGCACCUGCUGAAGUUGUCAUUGUUCCUAACCUACAGUAUCCUUGCAUCAAUCAUUUCAGGCAGUGCUUGGAGAAUUCAAAUUCAUUGGUACGCCUGAAAUGUGUUAGGACUCUGAAAUCCCUGUUUGCGCAUCCAGACCGUUCUAUUUCUACUCCUUAUAUCCACACGUUAGCUCCUCAGCUUGUGGAGUUUUUGUAUUCAGAUGCAGCCAAAAAACCCUUCUCAGACGGAGAACUUUUAGUUACCGUGGAAACAAUUACGGCAGUAGAAUCCCUCAUAGAACUUGCUGAACCUGACAAAUGUAUACAAAUGCUUACAUUAUUGGUGCCAGUUUUGGUGAGCUACUUGUCGACAGAUCCACAUUCUCCAUAUGCCAAUAAGUAUGUACAAGCGUUACAUGAAGUUAGUUUACAAUGGCUGAUGAAAAUAGGGCCUAAAUAUCCACAGGAAUUCAAGAGGCUGAUGAUGCAGUCCGAUGUACUAAGAGUGAAAUUAGAAAAUGCAAUAAGAAGUAGCCAAGUUAAUCAAUGCAAAAUCAAGAAUGAUGUUAAUAUAAAUCAACAGUUACCUAGUCAUACCCCAACAAUUAAGUUGAAAACCGAUUUCAGUAAUUUUUCCUAAGACUAGAUAUUUUAGUGUCUUAUAUGUAUAGAAAGUCAAUAACUUAUUAGCCUAGAUCGUAAAUUAGACUAUUAUUUCUCUAGAAACUUGACAUUUCAAUCGAAAAGUUAUUAUUUUUUCCGACUGAUAUUAUGAAAAUUAUUGUAAUUUUAUACUAAGACAGCAAAAGAUAUAUUGCUUGGCUUCUUAAUGGGACCUAUAAAUUAUUCGAAAGAGAAAUACCAUAUUUCAAAUACUAUUUGAAGUGUGAACAAUGCGGCGUAGAUUAAUCAUUUUUAUUUCCUAUUCUCUGAUGAAAUUUCAUGAACACACCUUCCACUAUAUGGAUUCUCCAAUCAGAAAAAAAAGAAAAAUUCACUUGUCCCUAGCACAGGUAUAAAUAAGGCAAUGGGCAUGUAAAUUAUCCAUUAUAUUUAUUAUUCAAAUGUGAGUAUACUCAAACAAGUUAAUUUGAAAUUUAAACGAUCAGUACAGAAUAUUAUAUAUGUUAUUUAAAUGAAAUAAAAUAAUGAAACUCAUUUUAAAAUUUAAUAUAAAGAAAUCGUCGAUGUCAGGGGUUGGUGAAAUUUCAAUAUUGAAUAAAAAAAGUUUCAUGAAUAAAAUUGUUGAAAUUUGUUUUUUCAUUAAUUAGCUAGCUCUCGCCCCCUUCAAACGACAACCCUCUCAAGUCUAAGCUUGUUCAAGCUAAGGAAUGAUAUCUAUAUAGAGAUUUUACUGAAACGUGUAUGUUGUACCUGUCAUGAUGAAUAUUGAUAAACAACUAUAAUGAUUUUUCUCCAAUGUGUAUUUAUAAUUUAUUCAUAUAAUACGUGUGGAUUAAGGAAUUAGUAUAGGGUUGAAAUGUUCAUAAAAUUUUUUAAUACGCCGCAUUUUGUUCAUUCCUAUAAUAGUUUAUGUGAGGUAGAUCGAGAUUUAUAAGAAUCAUUCUUAGACACGUUCAAGAACUCGAAUGUUUUUAUACCAAUUUUAUAUGUAUUGCAGUGUAUUUGCCCUUUACUUGCUAAUCUUAGUGAUUUUUCAUUGCUUUUUUAGUUACCUAACAAAUGUAUCAAAUAUUUUUUCAUGUUACCUAAUUUUUUAUUAAAGAUGAAAAUAAGCAAAAAAGUAAGUUGAGAAAUUAUAAUUUCAGUAAUAGUAAAAAACAAGAGUGAGUAACAUUUCUCAGAAUGAACUGGUCCUCUGUAUUUUCUUCCAUUUUCUGAAAAAUCACUUCUUGCUCAGAAAAAAAUUAUUAUUCAAAAUAAACUAGGUGUGUGUGCAUUUCACAUAUAAUUUCUACAACUACUAUCAUGAUCAUAAGCAAUGUUUUACAUAAAAAGAUGAAAGUUUGGAGUUGAUGAUUAACAAAAGACCAUUGACUAAUUAAUAAACGAUUUCAUUACGUUAUGCUUAGAUUCAUUAUUUCUAAUUCUUUUUGUAAUAUUUUUUUCUUCUCUAGUAAAACCUAUACAUCCUGA